UUAGCCCGCUGAUGUUUUCGGAAGGGGUCCUGCGGAUCUCUACGUACACACAUUCAAACAGGAAACCAUUACUCUCCGCUCAGUAAUAUUAUCUAGCGGGUUUAUUUUGUUAUUUCAAAAUGCUUUCAGCCUUUAAAUCCAUUCCGACGGAUAUGGACUAUAAAGGACAGAAACUUGCAGAGCAGAUUUUCCAAGGAGUCAUUCUGGUGUCAGCGGUGAUCGGCUUCAUCUAUGGCUUAUUUGUUCAACAGUUUGGAUGGACGGUUUAUAUAAUGCUGGCAGGAUUCACAGUAUCAUGUUUUCUCACCCUGCCUCCCUGGCCGAUGUACAGAAGAAAUCCUCUGAAGUGGCAGCCGGCUGUGCCUGAGGCAUCUGGAGAAAACCGUGACAAACCUCAAGAGAGCCAGAAGAAGAAGAAGCACAAGUGAUCUGCGGCGAUAUUCCAGUUUAGAUUUGACACAGUAAAGCCAUUUCGAUAAACAGGAGAGACUAACCUAUGAAAUCCUAUUCAGAGCAUUCAUUAUGUAAUAAAGAACUGUGUUUGGUACA